AUUUGACUGCUUCCUUCCCCUCUCUCUCUCUCUAUGACUUAAGUCGUUGAACCUACCCAUCCCCACAGAAGCACACCCAUGAACUUCCUUUCUCUCUCUAACAUACAUCUCUCGCCUCAACCGAUAAUAUAUAUACACCUCUCAAAUAACCAGUUCCUUCAUAUCAUUAACGGGUCUGGCUUGAGCUUAGUUCAAGAGCUGCGACGACUAUCAUCGAGAACUAUGAAGACAAGCAGGAGCAGUACCAAAGGUGAUUCAACUUCGUGGUUUUGCGGCGCAGUACUUCUGGGUUUGAUAUUAUUGGGGUGUAUCAGAGAGAGCAGUGGUGGUGGCGGCGACGGCGACGGCGACGAUAUCAGAGGGAAGAAGCUGCUUGAACGGCCGUGCGAUGAGAUAUAUGUCGUCGGAGAAGGCGAGACUCUUCAUUCCAUCAGCCACAAGUGCGGCGACCCGUUCAUCGUAGAACAAAAUCCUCAUAUUCAUGAUCCUGAUGAUGUUUUUCCUGGACUUGUCAUCAAAAUCACCCCCACCAAUCUUCACUAGCUAUGUAUAUAUCAAGCACUCUGCUUCCCUUAAUUUCUUCUUCUUCUGAAUCCUGAUGUGAGUUUGUAUGUAUAUAUUGUAUACUAAUUAAUACGUGAAGAUGGUUAUGGAAUUCCGAAGAUGACAA